AUGAUGCAACAGUCACUCAUAAGUGAAGUAGUAUGGUCGUUCGACUCCAUUGGCAUCGUGAACAGCAGAAGACAUCCGCUGCAAGAUAUACCCAGAACCACCUUUAAGGAUCAGCAAUACAGCAACAAUAUGCACUGCAUUAUCGGCAUCGCUUUGCUCGCCUCGGUGGCGCUUUGUGGCGCGGAUGUCUCGCACUUAUCGCGCAGCUAUCUGCCACCCGCUAGCGGCGGCGUCAGCAGCUAUGCCUCGUAUCCGAGCUACAGCAGCGGCCUGGCUAGCAAUGGAGCUUACGCGGGUGGUUACUCGAGCGGUGCCACGCCCCUCCUCACCUCCAGCUAUAGGAGCUACGCAGCUCCCCAAUACAACAACUAUGCCACGCCCUCGCGCGCCUAUCUCGCGCCAGUGCAGAACUACGUCAGUGCUCCGGCCGUGAGCUACAGCAGCGGCCUGGAUACCAAGUACGCCGACAAUGGUGGCUAUGUCUAUUAG